AUUGCAUGUGUACAUGUUCAUUUGAUUUUAACUUCAACUUUUAUUCCUUGUCCCUCCCUGGAAUUAUUCUCUAAAAUGUGACUGUUUAUUGUCCCCCCAGCUAUGGAAUGGGACUUUAAAUAUCCCAAAUAUUGUAGCUUUCACCGCAUGAGAGCAUUAGUACAUACGUAUACUUAAUACUGGCUCCUCCUUAAACCACGACAGCAGUAAACAGCAAAGCAGCAGUAAUAUUAAAUCCAAAACAUGAGGUAUUGUAGUAAAUAUAGUAAAAACUGACAAGGACAACCUGUUGCAUGAUUACGUUUACUUUUAACAUACUGAAUAAAUGUAAUAUAUAUUCCAACAUAAAUAUUUAGUUUUAUUUAAGGUUUUAAAUGCAAAACUUACAGUGGAGUACUUUCACAGUGGUGUGGUAGUUUUUAUUGAAGUAAAGAUUAUUUAGUACUGAUUACUUCUUUGACUGCUGCAUGACUAACACAUCAUUUCCUCUCAGUCAGAGAUUCAUUUAUCAAAAUAACUAAAGUUAUUCUGCUGCCGCUGUCUGUCAGGUUUCAUUUUCUCCGGCUGUCUUUAGUGAAAUGUGACAUGAACAAACACUGACAUGUACAUAAACAAGUAAAUCAUGCAGAGGAGGUUGAAUGCAAUACACAAUCCUGAUGCAACAGGUGAAAGUGACGGGAUUAAAUGAGGGCUGUGAAAUGUGAAGUCAGUGUGAGAACCCUGACACUGUGUUUAUAUGGCCAAGCUGCAAACACUGUCUCCACGCUGUCUCUCCACACACACUUGGUCUUUUUACACCGUUUUUUACCAACUGAUUAUGAGCUGGCAGGACGUUUUUUCUCAGAGACAUUUAUCAGCAAAUUCUGGUUGUCGGUGGAUGUUCAGAUCACAGCCGGCCGGACAUGAUAUCGACCAGAAUCCACUGAGACUUUUAUCUCAGCGUUAGCAGUUCUCCUAAAUCAGACUGAAAGUUUUUAUAAGAGUCAUUUGUUAAAAGUAAUUCAGCAGCUGAGACCAACUGUUAGUUAUGAAAACACUGAACACCUGAACUAGACUCUCCCCCUCCUCCAACUGGAAGUAACUCUCUGUUGCUCUGGAUGACGUCAUGUUAUAAGGACGCAGAAGCGGUGACAGCUGAUUGGCUGCUGAGUGACCGGGCAGCCCAAUGAAAAGUCAGUUAGGCUGCACAAUGCAUGAAGUGAAAAUAAGGAAGUUGCCUACAAGCCCAUGACAAGAAGAUACUGGAUAAAGAAAUGUAUUCAUGAGGAGAACUAAGUGCCCCGCCAAACAAAACGCUUCAGACAAAAAUGACAAAUUAACAGAUUGCGAUGAAAAACAUGAAUUGCCAAUAAAAGCAGCAUCAAACAACUCUCCAUUAGAAUUCAACAGUGUCCAGUAUAUUUCAACAUGUGUCAAAGACAGUUUGUGUGUUGAUGGAAUGCAACUUUUCCUUGAUGACAAACAGAACCAGAAGAACCUGCAGACCUCCAGUAAUCUGGAAUAACUGUGGAGGUCUGUGAUCUUAAUCCCGUGUGAAUCUGCCACGUCUGUAGUUUGUAAAGUAAAAAUUCCACCGCAAAUGAUCAUAUUUCACCAAACACAGAGGUCAUGUGAUAAUAUUAGUCCUGUGAAUCAGCAUCUCUGUGAUUUGGGGUCGUUUUUUGUUUUUCUUAAGGUUUUUUGUGUUUUCCACCUUUUUCUGCCUUUUUCCCAGUCGAGAAUUAUGGAGGCUGUGUUGAGAAUUAUGAUGAAAGUUUUGACAACAUUCUGGUGAAAAUUCAGGAGCGAAAUCUGGAGAGAUGAUCAGAUGGAUCACAUGCAUGGCAGCAUGCAGUAAGGAACAUUUCCAUCUGUCAACAGGCUCAACAGUUAUUAUAUUACAGGUGAUACUGGUCCUGUGUGAACAGCUGCAUCUCUCCCGCGGUGCUGCCAGACAUUUUAACUCCGGUGCUGUUGGAUUGUUCCGGUUGGUUCUGGACGUUACUGCGUCCGUCACCAGUUCAACCACAACUUCAGUCCCUUCGCGUCCAUCUGACAUCGUUUUAAUGAUUUCCUGUCAUUUAGCGUCUCCAGAACAUUCAGCUGUGACCAGGUCCUGGUGAGUUCGGAGUCCUCUGGACUUCUAAGUUCUCCCAGACUCCGGUCGUGUUCACACCGAUAGUUCGUUUGUUCUGGACCGAAUCAGGGACCAACUUGUUAAAUGUUGCAUGGUACCUAAAGUUUGGACCGAAAUAUGACGCAGGAUGAAACGCAGCAAUCAGCUGAUUUUAGCACCGAGCUGACAGGAAGUCAAGCACCCGAUAUGACAUCCGGUUACUUUUCAAAAUAAAACACGCCGUGCUGACACCGGCACAGAAAAGAGACGAUCAGGCUCCUCUGCUGGUCCUGCGGUCGGGAACACGUCCUCCGGUUGUUUCUAUGACUCAGACCGGUACCUGCGGUCCUGAGUGAUCAUGUGAUUAUCGCGGGAACUCCUCGGCCUCGUGACGUCAGCUGACCGUACUGCGCCGUGGGACCGGACCGGACGGAGGAGCCGUGAUGCCGCGGACACGGAUGCAUUCGAAAUUCGGGGUUAAGCACUGAUGCGUCCUGCAGUUGGGUCGGAUCGAGUUUGGAUCAUGUUCUCACCAUAAACGAACUGUACAGAGUGUGUGUAGAACCGGACCGGGACCACCUCCUCAGCGAGGACUCGGUCCGGUUGUCUCGGUCCGCAGAGUGCGACUGACGUGUUCACACCUUCCCAAACGAACAGCACCGACAGGAUGAACCCUCCAGGGUCCAGUUCAGCUGAGCUGAACAAGGCAGGCGUGAAGACGUCCUGAGGUGCCACUUUUAGACCUAAAAUGUUUUGUGAAUAACUUUUAUUUUCAAAAAUGAGUCCUGAAGUUUCGCCCAUUAUAUGUAGGAGCUGCUCCUGAAUUCUUCUGUUGGGAGAAACUUCAGCCUGAAGACUGUUUGUGAAAACGGGCCCUGAUCUGUGUGUGGACACACACACUUUCCUGCUUCAGUUCCAAGAAACAAACCAUUGAGCAAUGUUGUGGAAAGCUUGUCUGACCUCAGCACUGUGACUCACGGUUACCAGAAAGCAGCGUGUCCACUUCCUGUCUCACAGUCCACAUGGACUGACAGUCAUGGAAGCUGCAGCUCCGUGACUGGUUUCUUUGGAAGGGAGUGUUGCUGCAGGGAGUAACUUGCCUCUGUGUUUGCUUCCGGUUUGAUCCUCUUCUCUUUAAACAGUCAGAUGAAACUACACAAGAUAGAUAUCAGCCAGUCAGACCUGCUCAUGCAUCAAGUCUCAUCACUGUAUUGAAGUGGUAAAUCCACGAAGACUUGCAGGAAGGUUCACCUGAACAUUAAAGGACAAACUGGCCGGAUGAUGCUCACAUGGUUGUUACUGGUGUCACUGGUCUGUGUGACCACACAGGACGGAGAUGGUCCAGAGGACGGUGUCCUCCAGUGUGGACCUGAGAAUCUGACACUCUCGAGCUCUGGCCAGAUGAUUGUGUUCAGGUGGACGGAGGACGACCCUUCAUGCUCUGCAGUACACGAUGUGCUUGUUUAUGAGUUGGUGGUUCUCAAACCAGAUGUUCCCACAGCAGUUACUGGGGAAGUUUCUGUGAUGCCUGAGCAGAUCGGAUCUUCUCACUCGUGGAGCUGGAGAUCCUCAUUCGCUCUGGAGUGUUUUUCCCAUUCAGUCAGGAUCAGGUCACGUUACAACAAGCAGACGAGCCCGUGGAAACAAGAAGAUAUUCAUCCUGGAAUGGAACAUUUAAAAACGGCUGGGAUUUAUCCAAAGGACGCAUUGUUGGAACUUGGCAGUAAUUUCACCUUCUGCUGCAUUUUGCCAGAAGGGGAAAUUUUCAACAGUGCACCGACAAUCAGGGGGCUCGGGUCAGGAUCCAGUGAGUCAAGACAGAUCUCCAAUCGAACAUAUGCUGUGACUGUCCACCUCACCCAAGCAUCAGACAGAACUAGCACCUGUUUUCACUGUACACCCCCAGAUCAUUGGGCUUGUGCUUAUAUUGGCUACCCACCUCAGGACAAGAACCUCCAGUGUGAAACCCGAGACCUGCAGUCAGUCGAAUGUUACUGGACGGCUGGAAGAGACUAUAUUGUAUCACACAAGAAGAGUCCAACAGUUUACCACCUACUGGGACGGGAAUGUCGGGAUGGAGGGGGAGGACUGGGGAUGAGCGGAGAUCAGGCCAGAUGUAAGAUGGAAGUGGAAAUAGACGUUGGUGAAGUGAACUGGACACUGACAGCAGUUAACGGGAUUGGGAAGGUGGAACUGCUAGACAGAGCAGACCUGAUUAAAAGAGUGCACAUGUUCGCUCCAAAGGCAGUGAUGGCUUCAACUCUUAAUGCCAGAAACGUCACUCUGGAGUGGGAGUGGACGGUGCAACACUACAGGAAACUCAAAAUAAGAUGCCAAGUGAAGAUCAGCCACGCUGACACACAUACCAUCAGAGAAUACUGUGGAGUUGGCCUUAGUUUUACCGUUCUGAAUGAUCUGAUACCGUAUUGGAAGUAUAAUGUGACAGUACGAUGUGCAACAACACCUGAUCUGUGGAAAUGGAGUGACUGGAGCACAACUGUCAACUUCCACACCAGGGGUGACGUUCCAGAUGCUCUUGAUGUGUGGAGGCAGGUGGUGGGUGACGAAGUGAUUAUCCUCUGGAAAAUGCCACUGGCCAACCAGAGUCAUGGAAUCAUCAAAGACUACAGAGUGACCUGGGAAAAGACCAGGUCACGAGCGAAAGAACCGCAACACACAACCGUUCACAACAAUGACAGCCUCUCUCUGAGUCUGGACACGGCUGAAGAGUAUAUCAUCACAGUCACAGCUAGAAAUGAAAACGGCAGUUCACCUCCAUCAACCGUAACCAUCCCCAGCUUCAGUCCAGUUUCAGACGGAGCAGAAAGAGCAAACGGUUCCUGGAUUGUUCGCAGCGGCGGCAGCUUCAACCUGUCCUGGUCUCCCAGUCCUGCAGCCAGCUGUGGGUACGUAGUUGACUGGUGUCCCUCCGUUGGACGCUGCAAGGCCGAGUGGCUGAAAGUUUCUCCCAAUCAAACCAGUGCCAGGAUAUUUUCAGAAAAUUUCACUGAUGGAGUGAGAUAUUUAAUAUCUGUAUAUGCCUGUACCCAGGGAGCUCCACUGCUGCUAAACACAUUAGAGGACUAUGUCAGAGAAACAAGAAUAAAAGACAAACUGUUUAAGUCUUUGAAAUGGAAACAGCAGGAUUCAGAUGUUGAGGUAUUCUGGGACCGUGUAAAUCAAAGGGAGCAGUCUGCUUUCAUUCAAGGCUACGUUCUUUACUGGACGGAACAGGACAGCAAUGAAAACUUCAGUGUCAGCACAGUGAACCCUGAGGACACCAGCUUGACAGCAACAAACCUUCGCAUCAGUAGCUACAAGUUCAGAGUGGCGGCACUGACAGCAGUUGGAGAAAGUGGCGCUACAUAUAUUACUGCUACCUUGAAUCCACUGAAUAACUUGGUCAAGCCUGUCCUCAGUUCCCUGCUCACUGUAUUUGGCGUCCUUUCUGUCAUCUCAGUCCUUUGUUACAAACACUGGGCAUGUAUCAAACAGAAGGUCUAUCCUCCGGUCCCAGAGCCGGUGCUGACGUGGCCGACCUCACUGGCUGCAAACAGAUGUCGUCCUCUUCAUGUGGACCAUGAAACAGAAGUCUUGGAUGUUUCUGAGCUGCAUUAUGACUCAGUGCCAGUAGCAGAAGACUAUGUCACUGAAAAGCCUCCUGCCUCUUCACAAACUCCAGCGGGUUACUACAACCAGCCCCUGAGAAGGAGCAUCCCAGCAGCCCUCACUUCACUGGCUAUAGACACCCCAGCUUCUCCAUUCAGAAGUGUAUUUUCUAACCCGUCAUACGACCUGCUGCUGCAGCCUGGAGAGCAGCAGUCCAGCCCCGGCUCCAGGCUGCAGGAGGGCACAUCCUCAGAGGGAAGCUUCAGUGAAUACCAGCCUCAGAGUAACACACAGACCUUCAGUUUCAUCGAGACAACAGAGGAACCAGAAAAUCUUAUGUCCUGUGUCUUCACUUAUAUUGUGGUACCAAAAUCAACUUAACAAUCAGCCACUGCAUGCAGAGUCUACAGUGGUGUGAAAACAUGUUGGCCCCCUUCAUGAUUUCUUUUCUUUUCUUUUCUUUUGUAGGUUUGUCACACUUAAAUGUUUCAGAAGUAAAUAUUAGUCAAAGAUGACACAAGUGAACACAAAAUGCAGUUUUUAAAUGAAGGUUUUUUACUAUUAAGGGGGAAAAAAUCCAAACCUACAUGGUCCUGUGGAAAAGUGACUGACCCCCAACCCUAACAACAGCUGCAGUCAAGCGUUGGUGAUAACUUGCAGUGAGAGUCUAACAGCUCUGUGGAGGAAUCUUGGCCCACACAUCUUCGUAGAAUUGGUGUAAUUCAACCACAUUUGAGGGUUUACAAGCAUGAACUGCAUUUAUAAGGUCACACCACAGCAUCUCAGUAGGAUUCAGGUCAGGACGUUGAUGAGGCCACUCCAAAGUCUUCAUUUUGUUUUCCUCCAGCCAUUCUGAGGUGGACCUGCUGGUGUGUUUUGGAUCAUUGUUCUGCUGCAGAACCCAAGUUGGCUUCAGCUCGAGGUCAUGAACAGACUGCCUGACAUUCUCAGGCAUCUUCUCAGGAUUUUUUGGUAGAAAGCAGAAUUCAUGUUUCUAGUUACCACAGCAAGUCGUCCAGGUCCUGAAGCAGCAAAACAGCCCCAGACCACCACAAUACCUCCACCGUAUUUUACUGUUGGCACGAUGUUCUUUGUCUGAAAUGAUAUGUUACUUUUUUAUGCCAGAUGUAAUGGGACAUAUUACACAUUUCCCAACUAGCUCAUCCUUUGUCUCAUGAGUCCACAGAGCAUUUUCCCAGAAGUCUUGGGGAUCAUCAAGAUGUUUUCUGAGAAAACUUAGACAAGCCUUCUCAGAAAACUUAAUAGAAAUUCUGUCUUUCAUUAUUUUUUUCUUUAAAUUUCUGUUUUUCAGUGUAAUCAUGUUUCUCAUUUCAUUUUUACUUCCUACAUACAGUGGUGUGAAAAAGUGUU